AUGGCCGAUCGUGUUCAGUACAGGAAAUGCGUUCGUAGCCCUCGGAGUCGGAAGAGCAAAAUAUAUCGUUUUUUGCAUGCAAGCGUUCAUACAUCCGCUUUCUUUGUUAACGGGGAUGAAUCCACGUUAUCUCUAUCUAUCUAUCUAUCUAUCUAUCUAAGUCUAAUUCUAUCUAUCUAUCUAUCAAUGAGAAUUUAUUUUGUUCGUAUCUAUUUUAUUUUGUAUCUAUCUAUCUAUCUAUCUAUCUAUCUAUCUAUGACUUUUUCUAUCUAUCUAUCUAUCUAUCUAUCUAUCUAUCUAUCUAUCUAUGGCUGUUUCUAUCUAUCUAUCUAUCUAUCUAUCUAUCUAUCUAUCUAUCUAUCUAUCUAUCUAUCUAUGACUUUGUUUCUAUCUACAUUUUGUUUUUACUUUUUAUCUAUCUAUAUUUUAGUUCUAUCUAUCUAUCUAUCUAUCUAUCUAUCUAUCUAUGGCUGUUUCUAUCUAUCUAUCUAUCUAUCUAUCUAUCUAUCUAUGACUUUGUUUCUAUCUACAUUUUGUUUUUACUUUUUAUCUAUCUAUAUUUUAGUUCUAUCUAUCUAUCUAUCUAUGGCUGUUUCUAUCUAUCUAUCUAUCUAUCUAUCUAUCUAUGACUUUGUUUCUAUCUACAUUUUGUUUUUACUUUUUAUCUAUCUAUAUUUUAGUUCUAUCUAUCUAUCUAUCUAUCUAUCUAUGGCUGUUUCUAUCUAUCUAUCUAUCUAUCUAUCUAUGACUUUGUUUCUAUCUACAUUUUGUUUUUUUACUUUAUCUAUCUAUAUUUUAGUUCUAUCUAUCUAUCUAUCUAUCUAUCUAUGGCUGUUUCUAUCUAUCUAUCUAUCUAUCUAUCUAUCUAUCUAUGACUUUGUUUCUAUCUACAUUUUUUUUUUACUUUUUAUCUAUCUAUAUUUUAGUUCUAUCUAUCUAUCUAUCUAUCUAUCUAUGGCUGUUUCUAUCUAUCUAUCUAUCUAUCUAUCUAUGACUUUUUCUAUCUAUCUAUCUAUCUAUCUAUCUAUGGCUGUUUCUAUCUAUCUAUCUAUCUAUCUAUCUAUCUAUCUAUCUAUCUAUCUAUCUAUGACUUUUUCUAUCUAUCUAUCUAUCUAUCUAUCUAUCUAUGACAUUUAG